AUGCUGAAGUGCGUUAUCGUAGCGCUGGUGGCGAUCAGUUCGCAUGGUCUGUGGGUAAAUGCGCAGGCCAAACUGGAUCCCCGAUGCCCGCUGGUGGACAAUCCGAACAAUCCAACGCAGCUGCCACAUGAGACCGACUGCGGACUGUUCUACACCUGCUCGUAUGGUUACGCGUACUUGAAACAGUGCCCGCUGGGACUCCACUUUUCCGUUGCACUGCAGCGCUGUGAAUAUCCGUACGUUGCCAAAUGUACUUUGGGAGGAGGAACCACCACCACCACUGCGCCACAUCCAGUGACUACAACAACUACGGUGGCUUCAGUGACUACCACUGUACCGGCUACCACAAUGGCUCCCGUGACCACGACAACGCAAUCGCCAACCGUCCCGACGCCACCACCAACAGCGCCAACUCCUGGAGCAACGACUACAACUGCUAGCUCGACCGUGUCCACGACGGCAGCAAGUACCACCACGGUGGACUAUCCCACGGCUCCAACGCUAUCUCCCACAACUGCUCCAACGCUAGCUCCAACGCUAGCUCCAACAUUAGCUCCAACGUUAGCUCCAACAACCACUACCGUGGGAUCCCAAACGACCGUACCAACAGCUCCGACACCAACGCCCUCUAUACCAACUGCUCCAUCCCCCGGUACCACCACUGUACCGCCCGCCACUACCAUUCCCGGUGUCCCCACGGUAGCGACGGCAGGACCCCCGACACCACCACCACCCGGUCCCGGUGAGGGUGACGAUGACGACAUUGACGAUAUCUGCGAACCCGGCUGCUUUCUGGACUUCCGAUGCCCGAUCAACUGUGACCCCAUCCUGCCGGCGGAGGUAUUCCCGCACCCGAGCCGAUGCGAUGCCUACUUCCGCUGCAACCCGUACGGAUACGCCUGCGAAACCGUCUGCCCGCCCGGAAUGUGGUUCAACAAAAUCCUCCGACGCUGCUCGUACCAGGAUUUGGUGACCGACUGCGUCCCAGUGAACCGACCCAUCUGCGAUGACCCGCUCUGCCUGCCCAAUCCACUCUGCCCGGUACCGGAUACGGUGCCGCCGACGAAGCUUCCCAGUCCGGAAGGCGAAAACAAGUACCUGAUUUGCCGCGAUGGAUCCGCCUGCGAGAUGACCUGCCCGCCCGGUUUGAUAUGGGAUCCGAUUAACAGGCAGUGCGACUUCCCGGAUACGGAUGAACCCGAACCACCGGAAACGACGACCACCGAUGAGCCGGAACCUACGACCACCACUACUCUCCCACCGGAAACGACGACCACCACUACUCUUCCACCGGAAACGACGACCACCACUACUCUCCCACCGGAAACGACAACAACCACUACUCUCCCACCGGAAACGACGACAACCACUACUCUUCCACCGGAAACGACGACCACCACUACUCUCCCACCGGAAACGACGACCACCACUACUCUCCCACCGGAAACGACGACCACCACUACUCUCCCACCGGAAACGACAACAACCACUACUCUCCCACCGGAAACGACGACCACCACUACGCUCCCACCGGUAACGACGACCACCACUAUGCUCCCACCGGAAACGACGACGCCAGAGGUUGACUGUCCGACCUGUCCACCGUCGAACUGUGUGCCGGACAGCCGCUGCCCGCCGUGUGAAAAGUGCAUCCCGACGUACUUCCCACACGAAGAGUGCGAAAAGUUCUACAAGUGCAGCCAUGGGCUGAUCUGCGAGAUGGUGUGUCCACCGGGGCUCCACUUCAACGAGCGGGAAAAUGUGUGCGACUGGCCGUCGCAAGCGGGCUGCUACGGUCCGCCGCCGCCUAUCAUCCCUCCGGGCGACUCCACCUGCACGCCGCAUCCGAGCUGCCCGCCCACCAACGACUACGAGGUGUUCCUGCCGCACCCGGACUGCAGCCUCUUCUACAAGUGCUCGUGGGGUAACGCCUGCCUCAAGGAGUGCCCCGAUGGGUUGCACUGGAGCAAGUCGCAGAACCGCUGCGAGUGGCCGUUCCUGGCCGGGUGCGACCUCAGCUUCCCGCCGAACGAUCCGAGUUGUCCGACCUGCCCGUGCAUACCGUGCCGCUCGAACCGGAACGCCUGCCACCCUUCGCCACACUGUCCCCCGGCGUGGAUGGUGAAUACCACGGUCAGCUUCGGCCACGAGUACCGCUGCAACCAGUUCUACGAGUGUCUGUCCGGACAGGCGUGCGUCCUCGAGUGUCCGGAUGGUCUCGAGUACAACGGAGGUGCCGAGCGGUGCGACGAACCGAGCAAAUCCAUGUGCCGCUCGUGGUGGAAGUAA